UUCCCUUGUCCAGGCCCCUCGGCAUUAAAACACAAAACUCGGAGGGGAAUGGCAAUAAUGAAGACGGCAAUCAUGAUGAUGACUGGGGUCUUGAUACGAUGACUACUGGAUGUUUGCUUCUACAGCUCAAGUCAGUUACCUUUGAGGUAUUUUCAGGUAGACCAAGAGAGAUGAGUUGGGUGAAAUUAAUUUUGAGAAAUGCAAAAGAUUUGCAAACAAUGAAUGUGUCUUACGCUCCUUGUUCUCACUAUUUAAAUCUGACAAGCAAAGAAGAAUUUAUGGAGGAGGUGCCAGAUCUUCCUACUGCCUCAGAAAACUUGACGUGUUACUUCUCUGAUGUGCAGUGUCUUCACUAAGAUGUUAUUGGGAUGCUUUUCUGUUUCGAUUUAGAGAUUGUUCUUUAGAAUCUUUAGUGUGAUAACUUUUGAUAGUCGUAAACUUUUUUGCGACCACCUUACAGUCUUCUUUCUGUUAACAAUGGGUUUCCUCUCUUGUUCUAUCUUUUUCAGUUUUGGCUUUGGAUUAAUUAAGAAAGAACAUCAAACGCACACAUUAGUAGUGACCCAAGUUCUCAGCAAAAACCUGCUUAGGCCGGGAAACUGCUCCCCAAAAUGUAACGUCGACCUUUCCCCACAUUUUCGACUUACUGCCGGCUGACGGGGGCAGCCUCUUUGACCAAAAAUUGACAGAAAAAAAAACCGGACACUGUCCAGGAUCCACACUCCACAAUAUUUUUUGGGCUUGUAUAUGCCUACGCAUGAGUUUGUGUCCAAGCCCAAUCGAUAUUGUAUACACCGAGUGAGAAUUUUCCAUUUCUUUUUUUCCCAUUUCCCAUCAGAGAAAGAAGAGAGAGAAAGAGCGAGGAGGAACAGAGAGGGUUUUACAGCUCCGGGUUUCUAGGGCAUCCUAUGUUUUCUUUGGCAUUGGUGGAUUUCUUGAUUUUUUAGAGAAUAUUUUUUUAUCAUGGUUUUGAAAAAUAGAAAGCCGCGAAAGGGGAAAAAAAACUGUUUGGCUGGGGCAGUAGCAGCAGCAGGAGAAGAUAGGCUCACCAACUUACCUGAAUGCCUUAUUCAUCAUAUACUUUCUUUUCUUGAAAUCAAGUAUAUUGUUCGCACUAGAGCAUUAUCUAAAAGAUGGAAUUGCAUUUUCCCAUCUAUCCCCAUCAUUGAUUUAUGGGGCUUGAGUGACAUGAAAGCCAAAAUGUUUAUGAAUACUGUGGAUAGAAUAUUGCAUCUUCAUGAUAUGUCGAAGAUACGGAAAUUCCGUCUAGUGUAUUUUGACUGGUUGAAACCAGAUUAAGUUGACUUGUGGAUCUCUGCUGCAAUAAUGCGUAAUGUUGAAGAAUUCGAUCUUCAAUGGGCUCAAGAAGCAGGAGGACCCUAUCCUAUGCCCUUAUCUCUUUUUACUUGUCAAUCAUUGGUUACUUUGAGGCUCGAUAUAUGUAUCCGUAUGUAUCUUCCUAAAUAUAUAUCUUGUCCAAGACUUAAAGCACCUUGAACUCCACGGAGUCGAUUUUAGUGACGAGUACAACAAUGAGAAAUUCUUUUCCGAUUGCCGUGUUUUGGAAGAAUUGAUGCUGGAAAAUUGCGACUGGUCUAGCAUGACGAAUUUCUGUAUUUCAGCUCCUGCACUGAAAAUAUUGAAAAUUUGGUGUGUUGAUGAAGCUGGCUUUAGAUGGGAUAACUCAAAUGGUUUACGAGGUUGUGGUCUAAGAAUUGAUGCGCCAAAUCUAGUAUCUCUCAGCUACAAAUGUGAUUUUGCAAAGGAACAGGUCAUAUCUAGCUUUCAGACACUAGUUGACGCAGAUCUUGACUUCAACUUUGACAAAAAUGCUGGUGACGCGACAAGGAGGGUAUAUAUGAUAGGUCUUGGUGCAGUUGCGAGUAGUUUUUUUCAAGUGCUUUCACAUGUAAAGCGUCUAUCGAUUUCUGAUCGAGUCCUACGGGUUCUGUCCUGCGCAGCAGAUCUUAAAAACCAUUUGCCUACCUUCCAUCAUUUGAAACAGCUGAACGCGGAACGUGAAGCAAGUACCGGUGAAGCACUAAUUGCUUUGCUCAAAUCAGCACCUAAUCUGGAGUCCAUUGUUCUUAACGAGUUCAUUCCCUUGUCUAGGCGCCUCGGCAUAAAAACACAAAACUCGGAGGGGCAUGGUGAUAAUGAAGACGGCAAUCGUGAUGAUGAUUGGGAUCCUGAUACGAUGACUACUGGAUGUUUGCUUCUACAACUCAAGUCGGUUUCCUUCGAGAUAUUUUCAGGUAAACCAAGAGAGAUGAGUUGGGUGAAAUUAAUUUUGAGAAAUGCACAAGAUUUGCAAACAAUGAAUGUGUCUUGUGCUCCUUGUUCUCACUAUUUAAAUCUGACAAGCAAAGAAGAAUUUAUGGAGGAGGUGCCAGAUCUUCCUACUGCCUCAGAAAACUUGACGUGUUACAUCUCUGACAUGGAAUGUCUUCAUUAAGAUUUUGUUGGAUGCUUUCUGUUUUUAGGAUUUUCAGCGUAAUUGAUACUUAAAAUAACUUUUGAUAGUUGUAAUCUUUUUUAUAAUCAACCCAUGUCGAUUAUGUUCGCUACGAUUAACAAGUCUUGUUACUGA